AUGCUUGGCCCAGCCGAGAACGGACUUUUGCGCCUUGUCGAUGAAUUACUCCUCAACAUUAUCGAUCACAUCGACAACCAGGACGCUCUUUGUAGCCUUUCCGCGACAUGCACGCGGUUCCAAGGUCUCGUUGAACCCUACAUCUGGCGUAAAUUAGAAGUUUUGACAGGGGAUCAUGCACGCAACAUUGCCACAGCACUUGACAAAAGGGAUGACCGGACGGACUAUAUCCAAGAUCUGGCUAUUCGAUACAACGAUACAUACCGCGAUGGCGUAGAGGAAUUAAACCACUUUUUGAGCCUGAUGAGUAAACUGCGCCAUCUGCACAUUGAGAGUCCUUGCCCGAACAACGUGGAAUGGCAACACGGCGGUAUCUACUUUGAUGGGUACUCAAGGAUUGAUUAUACAAACUUGCUUGCAGCGUCAGUGUAUCUGCGUUCCGGAAUGCCGAUGACACUGCCGAUGCUACAGUCAUUGACCCUACACGCACACGGUUCGGGAGACAACAAAUACAAACUAGGCCGUGCCGUUGCUAUGUUCAAACAUCCAAGCUUACAGAACAUCACAUUGUCGUGUUUGGACUUUGACGGAGAACUUGGAAUAUCCGCAUCGGAAACUAAGACGACGCCUCUCCGGUCUCUAACGCUUAUCGAAUGUAACGUCAACGUAAAGUUCCUUGAUGAAGUCUUGAGCCUACCCAAAGCUCUCAAGGAGCUGUCAAUUGGAGAGCGACUCCACGUGUUUCAGGAAUGCCAACCAUCUAUGGACCCCGAACGCCGCACCUCUUCCCGUCAAUUUCUCCUUGCACUGCAGAAACAAGCGCGCUCGCUGCAGCGCCUGACACACUGCGGUGGCCAUGUCGGCCAUCUGACACCGCGCGACACCGACCCUGAAGGUGCCGAAAAACUACGCUCUCUCGUUGAUCUAGAGUACCUCGAAUUGGGUUUUGAGUCACAUCUGUACUACUACCUACGGCAAAGCGGCUUUCCACCAGCCCUUAGAUCUCUCAAGAUGCUCGACUCUGCCAUUUCAAUCAACUCGGGUCACGAUCUGCGCUCGUUAUCCGACAUCGCCUUCCGCUCUCUUACAUCACUUGUAGAUACCUGUCUUCCAGGAACACUGGCAGAAGACUUCACACUGCACCUCAAGUUCUCGGACCACUCGUUCUUCCGCCUCUUCGAGAUUGUCGACGCAACAGAACAAGCUCACCUCCUGAGCGCACUCUUCUUCGACCGUGCAGCGACCUACAAGAUUGCUUCGAUGCUCAAAUCCUACAGUACCAACUCCCACUUCCUUGUUUCGCGAGAGACGUUUCCAUCGGGAAAGUCUUUUAUCCCGCCAUACAUGCACGGUGAAGAGCUUCCUGUCGAAGAGCUAAUGUACACUAGCGACGACUUCUGGCGCUUCAACGGCAUCAACUACCGUAUCAUGGAUGACGAGAACUGGAGAGAUGAGCUCAAAAAGGGGAAGAAGCUUGCUAUCUCCAUGGGAGCCGACAUGACUGAGAUCGAUUUAUCGAAGCCAGCCGUAGCUCCCCGCUUCCUGGCGCUGCCUGGUGAGUUGCGCAAUCGCAUAUACAAAGCUAUCACCGACGAUGAAAGGCCUGAAGAGAUCCGCUUACAUGGGUCGGGCCCUUACGGGUCGUCAUUCAGCUUUGGACGCUCCCUGAAGGACCGCAACCCCAGCCGCCAGUACCUCGGCUUCGCCCAAACAAAUCGCAUGUUUCGCAGCGAGUUCAUGCCGCUUUACAUGACAGUUCGUCGACCGCUAAUUGUUAUGGAAGACGUUCCCUACUAUCUCGAGCUCUUCCCUCUCCCUGAUCCGGUUCUUACUGCUUCCAUAAUCACCGUAAUACGGGAUUUGCUUUCCGCCUUCGAGAAACAGACAUCGACUUCCAGAAUCGACGUUCUUCGCCUGCUUCGUACGGAUUGGA